AUGUCUUUCCGAAGCGAUGGCCAGCGCCGCUACGGCCAUGUGCCCCCAGUGCAAUAUCCUGUAGCCGACCAGGCCCAGGACCAAUCCUCCUACCCGGCGCGGCGACCUAGCUUCAACAACGGCGACGAUUCCUCCUUCUUCGACCAAGGUCAGGACCAAGCGACUCCCCAGGGCUACCCAGACGCGAGCGCUCCAUCCGUUAGAGGCCGAGAUGAGCUCUUCCUCACCAGCCCAACCGACCCCUCUGCGAACCGACCGAGCUAUGGCUCCGCCAACAGCGCCAUGUCAGGCUACCAGCACCAGUUCCAGGCCGCCGCACCGCCGACUCCCUCUCACUCGACCUACAACCCUCAGCACUUUGCGCGAUCGCAAUCCACGUCGCUGCCUUAUCAUCCUCAGCCCCCUGUUCAGCGUUAUAGCUCGACCAGUGCCGGGUCCAAUACCGCUGCCUCACCAACCAACUACACGCCAGCAGCCUACAACCCCGCGGCUUAUGCCAGUGCCACAAGCCCCCAGCGCGCACCCACCCAGCAUGGCUACAACAACAGCAACAACUACAACCAAGGCUACACCUCUCCGACCAUUCCCCAGGCCCCGACCUACGGCAUGUCGCCUGCCUCUACCUACAACCAGUCCUUCCCCCAGAGCGCUCAGGUGCCAGCUCGCCAUGAUCAACCGCUGCCAAGCCCCGGCUUCAGCUCGAAUGCGUCGACCACGUCGCAAACGCCAUCCUAUGAUCCCUCCUACAACCAGUCAUACGGCAACAACUACGGAAACUAUACGUCCAACGGGAACAACCCCGCGCCUGCUCCGUACCCGACCGGCACAUCACAGGCACCCUAUCCCCUCCAAUCUCACAUUCCUGUUGGCCCAGCGUACUCAGCCGAUCCGUCAUCAUUUUAUACCCGGACAUCUAGAUCUAAUUCAUCAACGUCGCCCCUCCAUUCACCCCAAAUUCACUCUCCUGGCCUGCAGCGACACCCCACGCAUGCGCCCCUGCCAAGCAGACCCAUGGACUACGUUUCCGAAGAGGCCACUUGGGAGCCGGAUGAGAGGCGGCACGAGAACGACCAAGCGCGCUACCAAGAAGAUAUCAUGCACGAUAUCGAGGCAGAGCUGGGUAGUAUCAACCGCCAUAGACCUGCCCCGGUGAAUGGCGGUCAGUUCUCCGACGACGAGCUGCAACAAUUGCGACGCUACACCACAAGCUCGACAACGCUUAAUCCUACAGACUCGUCCAAUGUCAGUCGUUUUUCAUCAAACGCAUCCACAAACCCGAGGGACAACGCCUCAUCUACGUUCGACUACGACGACGACGACGACGACCCAGAAGGCACCGCCGGUGUAUUAGCCAUGCAGCAAGCGGAGAUGGACGACCGCAGAUUCAGCACCGCAGCAGGAGGGCCGGGUCCGUACCCGUACACGGAGCCAGUUCCUGUCAGUACUGUCAGCACCAUGAACACCCUCCCACCACCUGCGGAAGAACAAAGCAGUGAUACCGACUACGGUGGAAUGGAUCUUGGCUUGUUCAGCGGUGGAUAUGCCGGUAAUCUUGCGUAUGGAAACAGCGUUGCUUCUCCGCCUGCAGACCAGGACGAAAACACCCAGAGGCCGCUGCCGGACCCCGCAACCUAUCCCCAGCCCUCUUAUGAUGCGUAUGAGGGCGCGCCGGCUUUCAAGGACGCUGGCGUGGACUACGGUGACACUGGCGGCUUGCAGCCGCCCACCGCUCACCGAUUAAGCUUUGACGAAGGCGAUGAGCGUGUAUCCCUGCAUUCUAGACAGAGCACCAAUGACUCGCCCAACAAAGAGGAAUAUCCUGAUAUUUUCUAUCAUCCUGGUCUCACGAAUCGACCGCUGCCAGCUCUCCCUCCGGCCCCAAGUAGCGACAGCGGUUCUAUGCUCUCCCCCCAGGGAUCGGUCAGCCACCGGCAUACUCAUGGGCAUUCACUCAGCGUCGACUCACGCCACAUGUACCCGCCAGAAGGUCCCGAGGCUUACUAUGGAGCUUCAGGCUCGGCAUCUCCCUAUCCGGAACGGUCCAUCUCCUUAUCGAGCCAUAGCAACACACCUCAGGUUCAUGCUCCAGCGCGCUCGCGCACUGAUGCGGCCGAGGAGCGGCGCAAGUUGUUCAAGCAGAUGACGCAGCAGCAACAGCAGCAGUACUUGACGGCGAACCACGGCAAUCCCCAAGAGGGCUACGAGUCAGGGACGCCGUCAUCCAUGACAUUUGACAUGAUCACGCUGCCAAGCGGGAGGCGGAGAAAGUUCGUGCCUGGGAAGCUCACUGCUGCAGAUUUCGGUAUAUGCACCGAGCCCUGGGCCCUCAGCGGCAUCGCUGCAUGGAUCCGCGAGAUGGCUGAUGGGGAGCCUGAUCUCAAGCAGAAAACGGUUGAAGAAGCCCUUGUCGCCCUGUUCACUGUUAAGGUGCCGACCAUUAAUGUGGCCGACGCCGAGGUGCUGUCAACAACGGUCGUGGAGUUGCUGCUGGACGCACAAAUCCUGAUUCCCGAGGAAGAAUGGGUCAAAUUUGGGCCAGGCACCGUUUCUGGCGUGUUAUGGCAACUUACUGGGUCUGGCUGUUACGCCUCAAAGCUUCACGAGAACGAGGCGCCCGGUCGCUGUUACUCCUAUCACUGCAUGAGGACGCUGAAGAAGGCGAAUCUCGACGACCUCAUGCUGGAUGAGACAAAGGUCGAGGGAUGGGCCGAAUUCUUCAAGGUUACCAAAGAAAUGGUCGAGGGUAAGCCGAAGAAGGAGGUCGAGCGACAAAACGUACUGCACGAGAUUGUCACCAGUGAGGAAACCUACAUGAACCAACUAGAGGUCUUGCGGGUUCUCUACAGGGACCAGAUCCAGCACGCGCCGAGCCCCAUUAUUGCGCCCAACCGAGUCGAUAAGUUCGUCGCUGUGGUCUUUGGUAAGGUUGACGCUGUGCUCGACGCCAACAAGGAGAACCUGCUGGCGCAGCUCAAGUACCGGCAGCAAGAGCAAGGUCCGUGGAUCGUGGGCUUCAGCGACCUGUUCCGCGAGUGGAUCCGCAAAGCUCGCGACGUCUACAUCGACUACGCCUCUCAGUAUCCGCAUGCUUCAUACCUUGUGCGCAGGGAAAAGGAUCGUAAUAUCAUCUUUGCCAAGUUUCUGGACGAAGUGCGCGGCCACAAACGCUCAACCAGGCUAGACUGGACGCAUUUCCUCAAGACACCCAUCACGCGGUUGCAACGUUACACAUUCUUGCUACAAACCGUUGAGAAGAACAUGCUUGUCGACAGCGAGGAGAAGGCAAACCUGGCGAAAGCCAUUUCGGAAAUCCACAAUGUCACGCUCGAAUGUGACCAGAAGGUGGCAGAGAUGCAGAAGAAGGUUGAGAUGAUGGAGCUGAACGCAAUGCUGGUAUUGCGCCCAGGUUUCCAUUCCGUCUUGAACCUCGACCACCUCGGCCGUGAGCUCAUCUUGCAGGGCGAACUGACAAGAAUGGGACACAAGGGUGUGCGAUGGGUGGACACGCAUGCGCUCCUGUUCGAUCACUACUUGAUCCUGGCCAAGCCGGUCAGUUCUCGUGACGGUAGAGGGGGCAGGAAGUUUGACGUGUCAAAGGAGCAAAAGGGUAUUGCACCUUUGGCACGAGGGGCGGGCGGGUCGACCCCGGAUAACCGGCUUGGUAAGAUCACGAGUAACGGCGGUGACCGCCCAACCUUGGAACACGCAGCCACGAGCUCGUCGAUUGGUUCGGUAAGCGUGAGCAGGUUAACACCCACCAUCUCGAACGACUCGAAAGACAAGAUCUUGUAUCCGUUCAAGAUCAAGCAUCUUGGUCACGAAACCUACACCCUCUUUGCCACGACGCCAGACAAGCGGGCGGACUGGGUGCAGAAGAUCAUUGAGGCCAAGACGCGGCAUGCCAAGGCGCUGUUCUCGCAAAACGCGGAACCAUUCCGACUACGAGUGCUGGCGGACAGCUCGUUCGCAUACGACUCAGUGUCGGCCAUUGGCAAGACUGCCGGCGUGCCGGUACGGGGCACGCCGUUGGACCGGGCGAUUCGUGAGCUCGAGCAGGUAUACGGGCCUGGUCGCGCGGCUCCGGUGUGCCGAGCGCAGGUCAACUGCGCCACCGGCUUCACAGCCUACGGUAAAUCAAUCAUUGCAAUCGGAACAGAUUACGGCGUGUACAUUUCCGAUACGACGGAUCCCCGAGGCUGGACAAGGACUGUUCAGGUAAAUCGGGUGACCCAGAUCACGGUAUUGGAGGAGUUCUCGGUCUGCCUGAUCAUUGCAGACCGAUCGCUCAUCUCGUACCCGCUGGAUGUUGUGGCACCCGUAUCAAACUUCCCAGCGCCUGUGCACGAUAACCCCCGGCGGGCGCCGCAACGGCUGGGCAAGGACGUGGCAUUCUUCGCCAGCGCACGGAUGAAGGAGCGGAUGCUCGUAUUCUACAAGCGCAAGGAGGGUAUGCACAACACAUUCAAGGUGCUGGAACCUGUGUUUCACAAGUCCUCGGAAAAGAAGUCGCGGUUAUUCGGAGGCCGGCGACCGGGAGGCGGCGCGACGGAAGCGUUCCGCGACUAUGACGAGUUCUACCUGCCGACGGAGUGCUACUCGCUCAACCUCUUCCAGUCUUACAUUGCCAUCUCGACGGCCAAGGGAUUUGAGCUUCUUACGCUGGACAAGAAGCAGCCCAUGUCGAUCCCGGACCUCAGGGAGCCGGCAAUUGCCAACAUUGCGACGCGUAUUCGAGACCAGCGGCCACUGGGCAUGUUCCGCCUCAACGACCAGGAGUUUCUGCUCGCGUACGAAGAUUGCGCAGUGUACGUCGAUAAGCACGGCGACGUCAGCCGAACGCUCAUCAUGGAGUAUUCUGGAAAGCAGAAGAAGGCGCGCGGGGCGACCAUGUACGGGCAGUACUUGCUGCUGUUCAAUGAGGACUACGUCGAGGUGCGGAACGCGGAGAAUGGGCGUCUGCGGCAGAUCAUCGCUGGACGAGAUGUCAAGUGUCUCGACUACGGCGUACGCGGGCCAACCGGAGGCACGUCGGUGAGCUCGACUAGCUGGCUACCGGGUCAAAGCCAGGCGCCAGGAGGCCAACAGCAGCUCGGCGAAGAGAGCAAGUCGACGGUCAAGAUUUCAAUGAGCCACCCGGAGAUUGCGGGCACGCAGAUUGUGCUUGAGAUGCUGCUGAACGACGGACACACGGAGAAGUAG